AUGUCCGGUAACGAAAACCUUUUAGGGAAGGGUUCAUCGUUUUUUCGUUUCAAUUCAUUUGAUACCAGCCUCAUACGUUUUGGAUAUCUAUGAAUGUUCAGGUUUUAGAGGAGAGAAAGAUGAUAUUUUAGUAAGCCAUUGUUUGCUCCUCGCAAGGGAUUAUAUUUAUUGCUAUAAAUUUAAGAACAUAUCUCCAUCUAUCAGAGAGUAA